ACGCGGAAGAGGUGGAGUCCCAGUUGGGAGUUGGUUGAAUACGGAAGCCGACCAGACCCGGACCAGUCACCGCACCGAGACCAAAACUACAACCCUCCUAGCCACAUACUUAAUAACUAGAUGCUGAGACGCUAAUUUAAUUUUUUUUCGUCCUCUUAAGACGUCAUACGCACAUUCCGCCUGCUAGCUGCUAACCAGUAGUUAGCCUGCUAGCUGCUAACGUCGGAGACUCGGCCAGGUAAGAAGCGCCGCCCCCUGACACACUUGUUUGACUUGUUUGUACAAAGUAACUUGCUAAAAGAAGAAACCAUGAGUGGAGGAGUGAACAGCAUCGAGGCAGUGAAGAGGAAGAUCAAAGUUCUUCAAGGACAAGCUGAAGAAGCUGAAGAACGAGCAGAGAAGUUCCAAGGACAACUGGAGGAGGAGAAGAGGGCUCGGGAAGAGGCCGAGGCGGAAGUGGCGUCUCUAAGUCGUCGUCUCCAGAUGACCGAGGACAGCCUUGACCAGACCCAGGAGCAGCUGACCACAGCCAUCGACAAGCUGGACAAGCUGGAGAAGGUGGCCGACGAGAGCGAGAGAGGGAUUCGUGUGAUCGAGACUCGAGCUAUGAAGGACGAGGAGAAGAUGGAACUUCUGAAGGUCGAUCUCAAACAAGCCCAGAUGAUCGCAGAGGAGGCCGACCGCAAAUACGAGGAGGUGGCUCGUAAGUUGGUGAUGGGGGAGCGUGAUCUGGAGCGCGCUGAAACCCGAGCAGAGCAAGCUGAAAGCAAAGGUCGCGAGUUGGAGGAGGAGCUGAAAACCCUUUCCGCGAGUUCAAAGAGUCUGGAGUCUCAGACUGAGAAGUUCUCCCAGCAGGAGGACCGCUACGAGGAUGAGAUCCGGAAACUGAGCAGUAAACUGAAGGAGGCCGAGACCAGAGCAGAGAACGCGGAGCGUACGGUGGCCAAACUGGAGAAAACCAUUGACGGCCUGGAAGAGUCUCUGGAAACGGCCAAGAAUGCCAACAUGGAGUUGCACGCCACCCUCAACCAGACCAUGGAGGAGCUCAACUCGUGCUGAACAACGGCGUCUCAAAGGGAACACUCGCAACCAUUCCUCUUAAUCAGUGGGAUUAGUAGUCAAAAGCUCGCUUGAUGAUUUCUUGUCUGGCUCGGGGAAAACAGCCAAUUGUAUUUUUCUGCCAAACUAAAGGGGCCAAUUAGAGGUGAGAGACACGCCUCUCUGGAUGAAAACACCUGUUUUUAUGCUGUGAUGAUGUCAUCACAAGACGCCUUUUUCUAAAAUAAAAGCACCAAGUUCAAAUGUCA